UUGGACCAAACCCAACAUCAUUACCAGAUCUCCUACCGCUGUCCAGGGACAGAACCACACAUCACUACCACAUAUUCACACAACAUCACUCUCUGUGACCUGAAACCUGCUACUGAAUACUCUGUCACUGUCUGCACUAUGCUGGAAAAUGGAAAGCAAAGUCAACUGGUGUUAACAACCCUCACCACAGUACCUCCUGCUCCGGACCAGCUAACUGUUGACACCACGUCAGGUACUGUUAGCUGGAACCAGCCACCAGGAUUGGACCAAACCCAACAUCAUUACCAGAUCUCCUACCAGUGUCCAGGGACAAAACCCCACUACACUACCACAUCUUCACACAGCCUCACUCUCUCUGACCUGCAAUGUGGUACUCAGUACUCUGUCACUGUCUGCACUGUGCUGGAAAAUGGAAAGAAAAGUAAACUGGUGUCAACAACCCUCACCAAAGUACCCCCUGCUCCAGACCAUCUGAAUGUUAACUCAGUAGACACCACAUCAGCUACUGUUAGCUGGAGCCAGCCACCAGGAUUGGACCAAACCCAACAUCAUUACCAGAUCAUCUACUACGGUCCAGGGACAGAACCCCACUACACCACCACAUCUUCACACAGCAUCACUCUCUCUGACCUGCAAGGUGGUAGUCAGUACUCUGUCAUUGUCUGCACUGUGCUGGAAAAUGGAAAGCAAAGUCAACUAGUGUCAACAACCCUCACCACAGUACAGUGGUGGGAGAGACCCUCUGGAGUUGCUGCAGUGUGUGUUCUACUGGCUGUGAUCAUAGGCCUGUGGGUUUCCUAUGCCACUGUAGCGCGAGACCAGCUACAGUAUAGUCUACAUUUCAGGACCACAGAGAUAGUCCAGCUACAGAAUAUUCUAAAUACCAGGACAACAGAGAGAGACCA